AUUCAUUUUCAUUCUCACUCACUCAGAUUCAGAUCUAGACCAAACGGCUAUAAAUAACCCGAAAACCUCUCCUUACAACUCGCCUUCUGUUCUCUGCUUCAAUCUCUCCAUAAGGAAGAACGACCGCAGAAAACUGGUCUCAUACCCCUCUAACCACCGUAACUCAGAGAAAUGGCGUCGCAUAUUGUUGGAUACCCACGAAUGGGACCCAAGAGGGAGCUGAAGUUCGCUCUGGAAUCAUUCUGGGAUGGGAAGACCAGUGCUGAUGAUUUGAAGAAGGUUUCUGCUGAUCUCAGAGCAUCCAUCUGGAAGCAGAUGGCUGGUGCUGGGAUCAAGUAUAUCCCUAGCAACACUUUCUCUUACUAUGAUGGUGUGCUUGACGCCACCGCCACUCUCGGUGCCGUUCCUCCCAGGUACGGCUGGACCGGUGGCGAGAUUGGCUUUGACACCUACUUCUCCAUGGCUAGGGGUAACGCUACCGUUCCCGCUAUGGAGAUGACCAAGUGGUUCGACACCAACUACCACUUUAUCGUCCCUGAGCUUGGACCUGAGGUGAAAUUCGCUUACUCUUCUCACAAGGCUGUUGAUGAGUACAAGGAGGCCAAGGCGCUUGGAGUAGAUACCGUUCCAGUCCUCGUUGGCCCAGUGUCAUACUUGUUGCUCUCCAAGCCUGCCAAGGGUGUUGAGAAAUCCUUUUCUCUCCUCUCCCUGCUCCCCAAGGUCCUUGCUGUCUACAAGGAGGUUAUUGCUGAUCUUAAGGCAGCUGGUGCUUCAUGGAUUCAAUUUGAUGAACCUACACUUGUUUUGGACCUUGACUCUCACAAGCUUGCAGCAUUUACUGAGGCAUACUCAGAACUUGCAUCUUCUUUGUCUGGUUUGAAUGUUCUCGUUGAGACCUACUUUGCUGACAUCCCUGCCGAGGCAUUCAAGACCCUCACAUCUUUGAGCGGUGUCACCGCUUAUGGUUUGGAUUUAGUCCGUGGAACUAAGACUCUUGAUUUGGUCAAGGGUGGAUUCCCCAGUGGAAAGUACCUCUUUGCUGGUGUGGUUGAUGGAAGGAACAUCUGGGCUAACGAUCUUGCUUCUUCUCUUAACACACUAGCGGCUCUUGAGGGCAUUGUUGGCAAAGACAAACUUGUUGUGUCCACCUCUUGCUCACUUCUUCACACUGCUGUUGAUCUUGUUAAUGAGACCAAGUUGGACGAUGAGAUCAAGUCAUGGUUAGCUUUUGCUGCCCAAAAAAUUGUGGAAGUGAAUGCAUUGGCUACUGCAUUGUCUGGCAAGAAGGACGAGGCCUUCUUCUCUGCUAAUGCUGCAGCUCUGGCUUCAAGAAAGUCCUCUCCAAGAGUGAAUAAUGAGGCUGUUCAGAAGGCUGCUGCUGCAUUGAAGGGUUCUGACCAUCGCCGUGCUACCAAUGUCAGUGCCAGGUUGGAUGCUCAACAAAAGAAGCUUAACCUUCCAAUCCUCCCAACCACCACCAUUGGAUCCUUCCCUCAGACUGUUGAACUGAGGAGGGUGCGCCGUGAGUUCAAGGCUAACAAGAUCUCUGAGGAAGAGUAUAUUAAGCAAAUUAAGGAGGAAAUCCGCAAAGUUGUUGAACUUCAAGAAGAGCUUGAUAUUGAUGUCCUGGUGCACGGAGAGCCUGAGAGGAAUGAUAUGGUUGAGUACUUUGGCGAGCAGUUGUCAGGCUUUGCCUUUACAGUUAAUGGGUGGGUGCAAUCCUAUGGAUCUCGUUGUGUGAAGCCACCAAUCAUCUACGGUGAUGUGAGCCGCCCCAAGCCAAUGACUGUCUUCUGGUCAUCUCUUGCACAGAGCUUUACCAAGCGCCCAAUGAAGGGAAUGCUUACCGGCCCUGUCACCAUUCUCAACUGGUCUUUUGUUAGAAAUGACCAGCCUAGGUCUGAGACCACCUAUCAGAUUGCUUUGGCCAUUAAGGACGAGGUAGAGGACCUUGAGAAGGGUGGCAUUAAUGUUAUCCAGAUUGAUGAGGCUGCAUUGAGAGAGGGGCUCCCACUAAGGAAGUCAGAGCAAGCUCACUACUUGGACUGGGCUGUUCACUCCUUCAGAAUCACCAAUGUUGGUGUUCAGGACACCACUCAGAUCCACACUCACAUGUGCUACUCCAACUUCAACGACAUCAUCCACUCCAUCAUUGAUAUGGAUGCUGAUGUUAUCACCAUUGAGAACUCUCGCUCCGACGAGAAGCUUCUGUCAGUGUUCCGUGAAGGAGUGAAGUAUGGUGCUGGAAUUGGCCCUGGUGUCUACGACAUCCACUCCCCAAGAAUCCCACCUACUGAUGAAAUUGCUGACAGGAUCAACAAGAUGCUUGCAGUGCUUGAGAAGAACGUCUUGUGGGUGAACCCUGACUGUGGUCUCAAGACCCGUAAGUACACCGAGGUGAAGCCAGCCCUCACCAACAUGGUUGCUGCAGCAAAACAAAUCCGCAACGAGCUCGCCAAGUGAAAUGGUAUAAGAAAGUAGAAGAAUCCCAGCAGUCAUAUUGGCCCUGCUUGAUUUACACAAAAAGGAAUAUUUUGUAUUUUGGUUGUUUCAAUAACUGUGUGUGGAAAAUUUAGGUGUUUAGCAUGCUCUAUGAGCCAUUGAAACCCCCCUCCCCCCUCUUUUUCCCCUGUUUUCUUAAUUGUCUAUCUUUGUGGCACUGCCUCAAUCCUUAUUGAUAUGCAAUUUUUGCCAGUUUUGUGCAAA